AUGAUGCCGCGCCAGGCGCUCAACUCGUUUUUCCGCUCCGCACACGGAAAGGACGUUCUGUGGGCUGCCAACGCGUGCCAGCUCAUUGUGCCAGAAGGCGGCGCUCUCCUCGUUGCCACCUUCUUGGUGCGUCCCCACGUGACGUGUUGCCGCCUCCAGUCAGUGCCACUGCGCGACGCGAGCGUCCAAGUGCCAGCGUCCGAAGUGCCUUGGGUGACCGCCUUGCUUCCGUUCUUGUCGCCGCCUUUUCAACCGUAA